GGGCCAGGUCUGAGGAGGCCUGCAGGGCUUGGGGACAAGGUGUCCCAGGGAGACUUGACGAGGGCAGUUGUGGAGGCAAAGGGGACAGAGGAGUUCUCGAGGACAAUUCUAUGUGGAAGGUCCCUGCUGAUUCUCUUUGUGGAGAUUGACUACUGGGAACGGCUGCUCUUUGAGACGCCCCACUACGUGAUGAAUGUAGCCGAGCGCGCGGAGGACCUGCGCAUUCUUCGGGAAAACCUGUUGCUUGUGGCUCGAGACUACAAUCGGAUCAUUGCCAUGCUGUCCCCAGAUGAGCAGGCCCUCUUCAAAGAACGUAUCCGAUUCCUGGAUAAGAAGAUCCACCCUGGACUCAAGAAACUGCACUGGGCCCUGAAGGGGGCCAGCGCCUUCUUCAUCACAGAAUGCCGAAUACAUGCCAGCAAGGUGCAGACCAUCGUGAAUGAGUUCAAGGCCUCCACUCUGACCAUUGGCUGGCGAGCCCAAGAGAUAUCCGAGACUCUGUUGGUGCGCAUCAGUGGCAAACGGGUAUACAAGGACCUGGAAUUUGAGGAGGACCAGCGGGAGCACCGGGCGGCUGUUCAGCAGAAAUUGAUGAGCCUGCACCAGGACGUGGUGGCCAUCACGACCAACUCCUACGAAGUCUUCAAGAAUGACGGCCCUGAGAUUCAGCAGCAGUGGAUGCUGUACACAAUUCGGCUGGACCGCAUGAUGGAGGAUGCCCUGCGUCUGAAUGUGAAGUGGUCGCUGCUGGAGCUGUCCAAGGCCAUCAACGGGGACGGGAAGACCACGCCCAACCCCCUCUUCCGAGUCCUGGUCAUUUUGCAGAAUGACACACAGGGAGGUGUGGCACAGGUGGAAUUCUCACCCACUCUGCAGACGCUGGCAGGUGUGGUCAAUGACAUUGGCCACCACCUCUUCUCCACCAUCUCUGUCUUCCACCACCUCCCCGAAAUUCUCAUCAGGCGCAAGUUUCAUCGUGACCCCAUCCACAUAAUCGUGGAGCGAGACGAGGACAUCAAGAAGAUCCAGGCCCAGAUCAGCAGCGGCAUGACCAACAACGCAAGCCUGCUGCAGAACUACCUCAAGACCUGGGAUUUGUAUCGGGAGAUCUGGGAGAUCAACAAGGACUCUUUUAUUCGCCGCUAUCAGCGUCUCAACCCCCCCGUCUCUUCUUUUGAUGCCGACAUUGCCCGGUAAGGAGCGAAGGUGGCUGGGAAGCCUAGCAUCCCGGGAGGAGGCCCAGGCCUACGGGCUCGGGAAGAGCGUUGGGGAAGGGAGAGCUGCAGAAAACGCGUGUCCGCA